AUGGGCUAUUGGUCGGAGUUGAGGGCAUGGCUCUUAAAAGAUCCUGCCAAAUUGAUACGUUACCUGGUGUUAUUUGUUUGUUGUAUUAUUGUCAUCGUUCAGCUCUAUGAAUGUUUCUCAAAAUUGGAUAAUCCACCUAUUUCGACACAUUCCUAUUACAAUUUAAAUGACACCAUUGAAAUGCCAGCUGUUACCAUAUGCCGAGAUCCUCCCUAUAAGGAGGAGGAGUUGACUGCCAUUUCUGGAAAUUCAUGUAAACAUCCCCAAUACAAUAGCUGUUGGAGCUCAUAUCCAUAUGGAGAAGUUCCAAUUACGGAAUUCUUCAUGAAUUCUACCUACAAUCAAAGUGAAACUUUCUAUAAUAGACAAUUCGGUCUUAAUUCCUCGCCAAGCAAUGUUGAAAUCACCAGCAGCAUACAGUUCUUUGAGGGUCGCUGCCAUACCAUACGACCUAAGGUGCCAUUGAAACGAGCUACCAGAGAUUCCGGUUAUUCCAUAAUGUUACGCCAUCAUGUACCAAAAAGUGAGGUGGAAUCUGAAAACUAUGUCACUCGCCCCGGUUGGCAUCUGUACAUACACGAUCCUAGAGAAAACUUUACAGAGGUUAACAUGAAGGCAUCCGGACGUGUGGAAUAUGUUUUUGUCGAUAUCGAUGAAGAAAUUGAAAUUAAACUGCAAAGUCAAUAUUUUUCAAAUGUGGAGAAAAAAUAUCAAUCAUGUUCCAAGCAAGAAGGUUACAGUGCCCUUAAGUGUGGCGAAGACUGUAUUUUACAAGCAGUUGCCUCAUACGCCAAUUGCUCGGGACCUUGGAUGCACAACGUUAGUAUAGAGUCCUGUUCAUCCUAUAAGGCAGUGAUGACUCUUAUUGGUGAAUACGAAAGAGUUUAUGCCAGCGAUGAUGAACCAGAAUGCGAUUGUCUACAGCCAUGCGAAUCUAGAUUAUUCUCCACUUAUAUUCAAAAUCGAAAAGAAUUCACGAAAAAUAUGGGUGAACCCACAACACAGAUUUAUAUUUACUAUACAACAAAGUUGAUAUCGAUGAUGGAAGAACGUCCUAACUAUGACACAACUCAAUUUAUAGCCGAUGUUGGUGGUUCCCUAGGCUUUCUUUUGGGACUUUCGGUUUUGGGUUUAAUAGGCAUUUUGGAGCAUUUAACCCUCUUCUUGUGUGGCGGUGUCAUUAAAAAGAUCCAAAGCAAACAUGAAAAACGUUUAAAAAUCAAUGAAGAUCUUGAUAAAAACUCGGAGAAGAGUGACGAAACGGUUGAUAUUGCCACAAUAUAUAAAGAAAAGCUUGAUGUACUAUAA